AUGGCCAAAAGCAAAAAUCAUACCAAUCAUAAUCAAAAUCGAAAGGAUCAUCGUAAUGGAAUUAAACGACCAAAAUCACAACGAUUUCCAUCAUUAACUGGAGUUGAUCCAAAAUAUGUUCGUAAUUUAAAGUUUACCAAACAUCAUAAUCAUGUUGCACGUAAAAAUUUACUUAAAUCACGAAAAGCAAAAUUAGCUGGUGUUGAAGGUUCAACAAAUAAAGUAGUUAUACGUGGACCUGCUCGUCAAACAGAACCAAAAAAAUCAACAUGGUCACUUUCAUCAGUAUUGAAAAAUAUUACAACUUAUUUUACUGGAGAAACAGCAGUAAAACCAAUAAAGAAACGUCCAAAACGUACACAUCCAUCAAAAAAAUCAACUAAAUCGGCUACUAGUACAACAACAACAACAACAACAACCGGAAAAAAAUAA